UUUGCGAGUAAAAUGCACGUCACGUCGUGGUUCGCUGUGAAGCCGCCACCGCGGCUGCUGUUACUGGCUGCGGCUGUGCUGACGCUGCUGAUGGCCGACUCCGACUGCCGACAACAUGACAGCCAGAACAAAGCAGCUGUCAAACCUUUAUGGGCCGUUGAAGGCGAAGACAUCGAGUUGCCGUGUAAUUUGAAACCGAAUGGUUCGAUAGACGACGAAGUCACCAUGGUACUUUGGUUCAAAGACGAAGCUAGUAUUCCCUUGUACAGUCUGGAUGCUCGUGCUGGAGAUAUAUACAAAGCUGUUCACUGGGCCAUGAGCAGCAGCCUCGGAAAUAGAACGUAUUUUCAAGUAGACAAGACUGGACAUGCUCGGCUUAAAGUUAAAGCGGUUGCUCCGCAUGAUCAGGGUGUAUUUCGAUGUCGCGUCGACUUUGCCAAUUCACCCACACAUAACUAUCGCAUCAAUCUUACGCUAAUAGAACCACCGAGCAAGCCGGUAAUUUACGAUGCACAAGGUAGAGAAGUGACGGGUGUGGGCGGACCAUUUCUCGAGGGUUAUGAUCUCAUCUUGACUUGUCAAGUUUCCGGUGGAAAACCAAGGCCAACUGUAACUUGGUGGCAAGGAGACGAGAUGUUAGAUGGAAUUAUGGAAGAGCCUGUUGCGUUCGGGAUAAAUCCCAACAGCAAAUUCACAAUUAACCGACUGUUCAUUGAACGAGUGACGAGGGAUCUUGGUGGCGCUAAGCUCGAAUGCCGAGCCGAAUCUGGCACACGUGAGCUUGUACGGAGAGUCGUUAAAAAAGUGCCUCUCGAAAUUUAUCUGAAACCAGCAAUGGUAAGUGUUACAUUGAUGGAAGAGGAGAUUUUUGCCGGCCGACCGAUGACUGCCCGCUGCGAAACUUGGGGAAGUUCGCCAGCGGCUCGAAUCGUCUGGCGUCUCGGCGGCCUUGUUAUCCGAGAAUCCAGCCUGACAACCGCCCAAAGAAGCAACUCAACGGCCAGCAAGAUGGCCCUAGUACUCGACAAGAGCGACGACGGCAAGGAGCUGACCUGUCGUGCGGAAAAUCCUCGCUUUCCCGGCGGAGUUCUCGAGAUGACCAAAGUCUUGCGGGUCCUUUAUGCGCCGAGUGCCAGUGCCGAGCUAGCUACCGGUUUCAAUAUGGAAGUGCUGAGGGAAGGAGACGACAUUAAGUUCGCCUGCAAUUACCAUAGCAAUCCCGAGCCAACGAGCAUUGAGUGGCUCCAUAAUGAUAAACUUCUGCAACACAACGUGGAGGCUGGGAUUUUGCUCGCAUCCAGUACGCUUACUCUGCGAGAAUUGAAGCUCGAAAAUAGUGGCAGUUACGCGUGUCUCGUGAGAAAUAUCGUCGGCGAAGCUCGCAGUCAACCUAUCAACGUCUAUAUGAAAUACACGCCACGGUGCAAGGAGUCACACGAGUCGCAAAAUUUGAUCGCAAGCAGAGGCGAAACUUUGCGUCUACGCUGCGAAAUUGAGGCAGAUCCGCGCGACGGAGUGCGCUUCUCGUGGACGCGCAACAGCAGUGUCGGCGACGUGUACGCCGUCUCCAACCCCCGCGCGCACAGCAGCUCGCUCGAGUACACGCCGAGGAGCGACGAGGACUUUGGUACAUUAGCCUGCUGGGCCAGCAACAGCGUCGGUAGGCAGAAGAGGCCGUGUGUGUUUAACAUCCUUCCUGCCAAGCCGCCGCAGAGCCCGUCGGACUGCAGUAUCCGCAACGAGAGCAGCGCGAUGGAAGUUAAUUGCAUUCCCGGCUCGAGUGGUGGUCUCGCGCAGCACUUCCUCCUCGAGGUCCGGGGGAUUCUGGAUAACGCAACGAGUCUCCAACUUCAGCAAAUGAUGCCGCAAAGCGAUCAGGGCACGGCAGCGUCAUCAGCAGCGGCGGGCGCCGCCACCUCGUCGCUGGAAAUUACGGCGGCACCCCUUUAUCUGGAGCGAGCCGACGAGCCGAGUUUUCAGCUUUACGGUUUGCUGCCGGGCUACAAUUAUACCGUGGCAGUUUACGCGGAGAACAGCCAAGGCCGCAGCGAGCCCCACCUCAUUGAAAAUGUACGAGUGGCUGAGUCCAGUCUCAGGAGGACGCCCAUGUCGGCCGAGAGUCGAUUUCUCGGCGAGAUUGGAAGCGUUAUACCUGAUACCAGAAGUAUCGAAGGCAUCGCUAUCAUAGUUGGAAUCAUACUCGUGACCUCGGCUGUAUUUAUCGGGACUGGUGUGCUGAUUGGAAUCGUAAUAUGCCGCCGAAGAUCGAGGAACGACCCAACGGCCCGGCAAUGCGUCGACUCCGGACCCGAUGACUUCACGACGCCGACGUACAUCGCGGCUCAGAGGAUCGAGCCGAAAAUUAGAUACGGCCACGACAAGAGUCGCUCGCAACCGCACCGUGCGAGUCUCUACGAGGCGGAAAGCCGCAUAGAGCCCGAUUUGCUGCAGCAGGUCGACAUCGAUCUACAGAGCAGCUGAUUCAAGAACGUAUUCAUCGUUGUACAUAAACAAACUACCGUGUAAUAAAGUGAAAUGCCUUUGUAAAAUUCUCUUCGUGAUAUUUCAUGCUUCGUGUACAUAUUUUUACCGUAAUUUUAAGUUUUCUAAAUUAGUACUGCUAGGGUAAUUAAAGCAAUCGCUUAUUCAUAUCAUCAUAAAUUAUAACUUUA